CCGCUGUGUUGUUGGAUUAAGGAUGUUUGCUCCAUCCUGCAUGCGAUACAUUCGAACCACGGUGUGCUCAUCAUCCGAGGAACAUGCAGCAGAAAGCAAACUACAUUGCGACUCACGGUUCAACGUCAGCGGAUGUUCUACGUUCUCAGUCUGAGCAACGAUUGUCGUUAGUCCCGAUCACGACGAUCCUGGUAGGAUGCGAUAUUGUCCUUUUGCAGAUCUUACGGUUUCGUCUUCACUCUCAAUUCCGAGUCAAGUGAUGCUUUAUCGGACGGGCCUACACUUUCGCCUACGUAGCGGGCCGAGAAAGAUUCGUUCUCAGACAUUAUCCGCGUCACGGGUCCUCU